UAAACUGGAUUACUUGGCCAAGAAACGCUGUCCGGCUUUAACACAGUUGUAAGAGAAGCCCCUUGAUCUCGCACUCAGGAUGCCAUGCCACAAUCAGCAACUGAACAAUGUCAACAGUGGCCAGGAGCAUCCAAUGAAGCAAGUACGAUUUGCAAACAACAACAGCAGCAGCAGCAGUAGCAGUAGUAGUAAUGUGCCUGCUGUGCUGUCAGACUCUGAACCAACUAAUGCCACCAUACAACCUGGCCAAGAUAACCUGGGUCCUCAGCUUAAACUGCUCCCUCUGAAUGACCAGAUCCGUGAAUUACAGACCAUAAUCAGAGACAAGACAACCAGCAGAGGAGACUUUGUGUUUUGUGCUGAUCGAUUGAUCCGACUAGUAGUUGAAGAGGGUUUGAAUCAGCUCCCGUACUCGGAGUGCACUGUGACCACGCCAACAGGGUACAAGUAUGAAGGUGUCAAGUUUGAAAGAGGCAACUGUGGAGUCAGCAUAAUGAGGAGUGGUGAGGCCAUGGAGCAGGGUCUGCGGGACUGCUGCCGCUCCAUCCGCAUUGGCAAGAUCCUCAUCCAGAGUGAUGAGGAGACACAGAAAGCCAAGGUCUACUAUGCCAAGUUCCCUCCAGAUGUGUACAGAAGAAAAGUGCUGCUCAUGUACCCCAUCCUUAGUACCGGGAACACUGUGAUUGAGGCGGUGAGGGUGCUGAUAGAGCACGGAGUCCAGCCCAGACAUAUUAUCCUCCUCAGCCUGUUCUCCACGCCUCACGGAGCCAAAUCUAUAAUCCAGGAGUUCCCCGAUAUCACCAUCUUGACCACGGAGGUCCAUCCUGUAGCUCCGACACAUUUUGGACAGAGGUACUUUGGCACUGACUAAACUGAGGACAACCGGAGGAACAUGACCUGCAAAUUGUUUUGAGUAUUCAUGUGUUGUUAAUUUAAAUGUGUCUCAUGUUCUCCAUGUUGUGCCAAAUCCUGCUACAUGAUCUCCAAAGUUCCUAGACUGAUACAAAAUGAUUAAUCUGAUCAAUUAUAUUUAUUAUGUUUUUGUUGUUGCUGUGCAUACUCGUGCUAAAGAAAGAAAACCGAACUGAACCAUAUAAAGAGUUCCACUUGGAUCACUUUAUUUUGCAUGUUAAGACUGAUGGAAAAUAAAUAAUUUAUAUUUGUUAAAAGACA